UACAAUGAUGUAAGGAGAUCAGAUUUCAACUCGUUUAAGGUAGCCAAGGAAUCUAAAACAGCUCGUAAAGCAAUUGGGAUCGACGUCGACAAAAUUAUAUUUGAUAGGGAUAGCUCUUAUGAACAUCAAGUGAUAAAAUCUAUUAGGUUAAAGGUUCAGGAUGUCCAUAACUUGGAGAAUGAAUCGCGCAUAAUUGUUGAAUGUGAUGAGUUUGCUCAACCUAUUGGAAAAUCAGCCGGCAUUCUUGCAGGAUUUUUGGGGGAGCUUGCUACAAAUCCUUGCUACUUUCCAAUUGGCUUUGAGAGUUGGGCAUUAAUGCCUAAACCUUUUGUGCACCGUGUUGUUAAUGAUUUCGUAUUGCCUCGGUUUUUCUUUAGGAGUGAUCAGCAAAAGGUAAAAGGUUGGCUUAACAAUUCGCUUAAAAAAAAGUGGAAGGAAUUCAGGCUUAAAUUAUGGGAUGAGGCCAAUGAUUCAUUAUUGAGCAAAGAAGAUAUCAUUAAGAAUGCUCCAGAAGGCAUUCCCAUGGACCAAUGGGCAUUGUAUGUUAACUAUCGGUCCAAAGAAGAAACAAAGGCGCUUUGCUUGAGAAAUCAACGGAUUCGAGGACAACAAACACUUCCUCAUACUAGUGGUGCUAUGAGUCUGGCUAGAAGAAGGGAUUUGAUGAAGAAAAUGGGGAAAGAAGUUGAUCGAGGCAAAGUGUGGACUGAGACUCAUAAGAGGAAAGAUGGGAGUUAUGUGAAUGAUCAAGCUAGGGAGAUUGGGGAAAGAAUUGAAGAAAUUCGAAGACAAAGGUCAGAAAAUCUGGCAGAAAUUUCACCGAAUGAUGCGCUUGGUGUAAUCUUCGGUCCCGAGCACCCUGGUCGUGUUCGAGGCUUAGGCAUGGGUGCAGUUCCAACUGUAGUAUUCAAGCAAACAUCACGCCGAGGUGGUUGUCCUUAUAUGGGCUCAUCUAGCGCUAUUGCUCCACCUCCACAAUGGGUGCAAGAGAUGGCAAAUAUGAGAUCACAAUUGAAUGCGCUAACCAGCUUAUUUCAAAUGACAAUUGGAAAUAUCCCCGAGGAGUUUGCUCACUUAUUUCCGACUCCUGAACAGGUACAAGUGCUUAUUUUUUCUUUGUUUGCCCAUUCAAUUUGACAAUAUGUUUAAAGUUAGAUUG